CCGGCUCCAUGGUGCUGCGCAGGCUGCUGAGGAGGCGCUGGGUCCUGGGGGUCGUAUUCGGCUUCUCCCUCAUUUACUUCCUCACCAGCACACUCAAGCAGGAGGAGCGAAGCAUGAGGGAUCGGACUCUGCUGGAGGCCCGGGAAUCUGACCAUCCCAUCGCCUGGAAGGUCAAGUUCAACCUGGGCAACAGCAGCAGGCAGAUCACCCAGUGCAGGAACUCCAUCCAGGGGAAAAGUCUCCUCACUGAUGAACUUGGUUAUGUGUGUGAGAGGAAGGACCUGCUGGUGAACGGCUGCUGUAAUGUGAACGCGCCACGCUCCGGUCAGUACAUGUGUAAGAGCUGUCUGCCCAACGGCUGCUGCAGCGUCUACGAGUACUGCGUGUCCUGCUGCCUCCAACCCGACAAGCAACCUCUCCUGGAGCACUUUUUGAACCGAGCCGCUGAGGGAUUUCGGAAUCUCUUCACCGCAGUAGAGGAUCACUUUGAGCUGUGUUUGGCGAAAUGCCGCACCUCCUCACAGAGCGUCCAGCAUGAAAACACGUACAGAAACCCCCAGGCCAAGUACUGUUACGGUGAAAGCCCCCCCGAGCUUCUGCCCAUCUGAUGGAGGAAAGUAUUUUUCAGAAAAAAACAAUACUACCUCUCUCCUCCUCCUCCUCCUCCUCCUCCUCCUCCUCUUCCUCCUCCACUCAAGUGUAUUUAACGGUCCGGAACCGACCGCAUCAGCAUGAAGACGUAAAGCAGCACCGGGGAUAAAUAAAUAAAAAGAAGGACCACAAGUAAUCGCUUCCAGAGAGCCUCAUCUGUUACCGUCAUCUACGUGAUAUUUUGGGUUCGUGCCACAGAAAUAGUUUCUAUGGCUGCUCGAUAUACAUUGCUUUAACAGGAAAUGCAUCACUGGACUGAUGUCAGAGGUUGAGGUCAGCCACAGAUGAGCGCAAUCUGUCUGGAAUAGCACGUGGGUGCGAACACUAUUGACCGGACAGGGAUCCAGGACGGAAUCCGUACGCGAUUCCGACACAGUGACCGCGUCUUGCAUGUUCAGUGCUGUGUAUUAAAUAGCCGGAUGUUAAUUUAAUAAAUGUCAUUUUUAACAA